AUGACGCAGCACGUCGACAACUUUAAAUUCAGCCGAGGUCUUCGUGUUAAUUCACUCGUACAGUAAAUGUUGGUUGUAACACUUGGGUGGAUAUUUUAGUGCACUUUUUAAUCGUUUGGACCUAAACCAACAUGGCAAACGGGCACGUGGAAAUCCACGACCCCUUCUCCAACCCCAACAGCCUCCACAGCAGCACACGCUGUGGCCCGAAAUCUACCUCAGACACAGACAGCAUGGCGGACACGGUGGAGUUCAGGCUCCUUAUGGCCUACGCAAAGAGGAGACGGCCGGAAAAGGAGUCAUCUACACACGACACACCGACUUCACUAAGCAGUGGCACCGAUGCAAACGGAUCCUCGCCCCAGACGCCGGCCAUGACUAAAAAAGAGGAGAAAAGGAAGAAGAAGAGGAAGAAGGGAUGGAAAAGCAUUUUUAGCUGUAUCAAACCUCAGACAGGGGCAGAAGAACCGAGCCCAAUGAAUGCGAAUCAGCCUGAUGUUGACGACAGAUGUGGUGAUGUUGACGACAGAUGUGGUGAUGUGUUUUUUAUUCCUCAAGUAGAAGGAGAGGAUGAGCUGAAAGACUUAGCAGGCAAGCUAACAAAUAUCGCUGAUGAAAUCCCAUUCAUUCCUCCAGAAAUAGAGACUGACUCGCCCACAGUAGAUGUGAAUGUGGAGAAAACCAUUGGCCUGCUGCUGAGGGAGAGUGGAGACAGACUAAACGAGAAGGAGCUGAAAGAUGCUGCUAUAGCCACAGAGCUUUUUUGGGACUACAGUUUCUUUAAGCUGCUAAUGACGACCCUUCUCACGAGGAUGGGCCUCAGGACCCCCAACCCCGACUCUCCGGGGCCGAAAGCAUCUCCCAAAAGUCAGAUCGCUGUGACCUGUGAGGUCACCAGUCGUCUAUCAGCGUUGAACACGCUGCCCAGCAACCGACUGCUUGACCACGGAGCCAGAUAUCUGCAGCAUUAUUAUUCAUCCUGGGCACAGCAGCAGGGCGGAUAUGAGGAAGCCUUUUACAGCGACGAUGAGGACGACAUCCAGUGAACAGAAAGUUCUCUUGAAGGCUUUAACUUUUGCACAAGGAACAAAAUAAGACUCACACAUUUUGCCACUUCAGUUUACAUGCACAUAAAACCCAGACCUGACAUGCAUUAACAUACCUGCAGCUGCAGCGUGCAUUAUUGUGUUAAUCUGGGUUUUUUUUUCAUAAAUAAGUACAUUCUUCUGUGCCAAUGUUUUGGAGGUCUCAGAAGGAACCAAAGAUUAAACUAUUUUCAUGCCAUUGAUAACUACUGUUGGAUGUGAUAUAUAUGUGUAAAAAAAAAAAAAAAUAGUUCUGUUUUCUCAGGGAGAUGUAGGGUACAUGUAGCCGUUUUAAAUCUGCACUAUUUGUGCUGGAGUUUGGUGGACAAAAAAAUAUUUUUCUUAAGACUAAUUUGCUAUUUUUCAGCACUUGCACUUUUUCAAGAAAAUUUCUUUUUCUUUUUAUUUUUUGAGUUUCUGAACGGUGCGCUAAGUGGCUUAUCUGUAAUUGUUGCUGGUGUUUUCUGCAUUUCAGGUUUUUAAAAUUGUUAAAAGGUGCCAAAGAAAUCUUGUGUGUGCUGUCUGGAUUUGUUAAUGUUGCUGCACAUAAAUGAUUACAUGAC